GUCUCUUCAGCUGUGGCUGUGUUUGCCUAUAUAAGCGCCUCCUUUCUUAAGCAGUCAAUACUGUUCACUGCAAUGAUCUCACUCAUUCUCAGCCUCUGCAGCCUGUUGCCUGCCACCUCAGCCUUUGACUUGGGCCAGUCCACUCGCUGUGUGGCUAUCCCGGCUGAGAUGAAUACCUGCCGAGAUGUGGGUUACACAGAAAUGAGGUUACCUAACUUCCUGGGGCACAGCAGCCUGGAGGCAGAGGUUAUCCCUAAAUCCCAGGAGUGGGUGCCACUGCUGCAAACAGGUUGCCACCCACAUGCCAGGACCUUUCUCUGCUCACUGCUCGCUCCGGUCUGCCUUGACACUUUCAUACAACCCUGCCGGAGCCUAUGUGUGGCAGUGAGGGAACGCUGUGCUCCUUUACUGGCCUGUCAAGGUCAUGCUUGGCCAGAGGACCUGGACUGUGAUCGCUUUCCUGCCCAGGAAGACAUGUGUCUAAGCCCUGUGUCAAAAGAAGCAGAGUUUUUCUACAAAGUGCUGCCCAGGCCCACCUGCCAAGACUGCCCUGAAGUGGAGGAGCCAUUGGCCCACAAGAGGGUGCUGGAGGCCUUCUGUCAGAACAAUUUUGCUGUGAAGGUGAAAGUCCACCGGCGUAGGAUGCCCGCAGAUGAAUUAGAGUUUGAGAUUGAGGGAAGAGUGGAAUUUAUUAGCCAGGGGCAUCUCCUUCCCUAUGACACACGUAACUUACUUCAGCAAUGGCUGUUUGUGAAUGAAGCUUGUGCCCAAAGGCUGACCCGUGGGGGACGGACACUGGUCUAUGUGCUGGCAGGAGAUGUACGCAAUGGGGUUGUGGCUGUAAACAGAAUAUUUCCCUGGCACCGGAGAGACACACAGCUUUCUGUUGCUGUGCGCAAGUGGAAGCACCACAAGUGCUGAGGAAAUGAACUAACACCCAAACACCAAUAUGAGGACUUCAGCUGCCAGAAUGGACAGGCUUGGUCAAGGCUAGCAUAGUGGACAAACUAAAGACUGACAGUCGUGAGAUCUGUCCAAGGCUACACGAGGAUGGACAGAUGCUAUGGCUGGCACAUAAAGACUGGGAAAAUAGUGUCGGCAAUGAGUGCCACAAGACUGGCAAAAAGCAAGAGGAGAAUGAGACUGGUAAAGGAACUGAAUGCACUCCUAUGUAUUUUAUUGUAUAUAUAUCUGUAUAUAAUAUAUAGUAGAAUUAAGUCAAAAUAAAUUGUAGAUAUUUACUUUU